AUGUACACACAGACACAUGUAUGUACAUAUACACAAACACAUGUGCAUGCAUACACACACAGACACAUGUACACGCACACACGUACAUACACGCAGACACAUGUACAGAUACACACAUGUACAUACACACAGACACACACACACACCCUAUAAAAUGUUGCAGUACUUCGCUGUUCACUCACAGAGCCGGGUACUGCAUUCUAUGGGAAGGCAGAGAGCACAGCACACACUCCUUCCUUUGCUUUCACUGUGCUCAGCUAUUGAGCAGUCUGACGGCUCCCAAUGCCAAUGACAGAUCCGGUCUGAGAUCCGAGCCUGCUCAGCAAGACGGCCCUGGGGGACACACUUGCCCCUACCAUAAUUUCCACUCGUCAUUGGUGAGCAGGUGAGUGGAAAUUUCAAGGCGUGCCCUAGAGG